AAGCUGGACAUUUUGGGGGAGCUGAGCAAAUGAUUCCCAUCGAAAGCUGGCUACCCUCCUGCAGCGACUAAAGCCUAAACAUCCUCUCUCUCUGAACAUUUAAACGUGAGUUUCAGCUUUUGAUUUUAACCGAUAAAUAGCAAACUGGUGCAAAGUUAAAAAAAAGAAUAAAGUACAUUUUCGGUUGGAAACUUGUAGCCCCGUUAGCUGCCUUGUUGCUAAGCUAGCUGCAGUUUUGUCUCCAGCUAACGAGGUUUGGCUGUGAUGGCCGACUUCAGCAGCAGGAUCAUGAUGUCUUCUGAACACCCAGCGAUCGGAGGUGGGCCUGCAGGAAAAGCGAUUUUGUCUUCAGUCGUGUCAGGCAGUGGAAACAGGGACGUUGCAGAUGGGAUGGACCAGAUAUCUGUGGUGAGAAUCGAUGAUGAACACAUUGCAGAGGAGCAGUCUGAUGUUGGGGGGAAGGUUAAAGACACUGCACAGUGCUAUGAGGUGGAGUACUUGAUGCCUGCAGAGGAGGUCGUUGUGGGAGAGGAAGAGGAAGACGAUGUUUACGUCAUUGAGUAUUCAAAUCCUGAAGAGGAAGGAGAGAGCUACAAGUUCACAAUGUCCGUGGACAGAUCGCUCCCGACCAAAAAGCCAAUAAUUAAACAUCCUUUGGUGAGGGAGAGUGCCAGAGCUCCUUUACCUGUGGUGACCAGCCCAGCCAAACUGCCUAUGCCAGUGAAGCCGAGAGAUAAGGUGAGGCGGAAAAAGAGGAAGCAGCUGGCUGUCGAAAAGGAGGCGAACAAGUUGGAGGUUCUUAGCAACACGGAUGUGUUGAAGCACGGAGAGAACUACAGGGAACUGAUGGGGCUGGACUCCGGUUCAGAUAAAAGAGAACUGGUGUGCACGCUGUGCCCACCACCCGGAAAACACUUCAAGAGAGCCGCAGGUUUGGCCGUACAUUUAAAACACAUGCACCACAUGGAGGGAAACAAGACGUUCUUCUGUACAAAGUGCGAGCAGACGGUUCGCACCCAGAUUGCACUUGAUGCCCACACAAAACGCCACGCCAACCAGGAGGCCGUGUUCACCUGCCUCCUCUGCUCAGCGGAGACGGACAAGACAGGGUACAAAGGAACAAGGUGGGGUCUGAAGAAACACCUGGAGACGGAGCACCCGGGUAUCAUCCCUCGCUGCAACAUCUGUAAUAAAGGCUUCAAGUCACUUGUGUCAUAUUUGGGUGAUCAGUUCAGGCAUGUUGGCGUGUCGCCCUAUUACUGUGCCCAGUGUCAGAUCUAUGAAAUGACUGAGAGGGGUCUGAGUGUUCACAUCAAGAAUCACGACAAGAAGAAGAAGAGAGAGCAGCUGAAGGAGUCUGAUGAGAUCAACCUGCAGACGUUUGAAACUUCUGCUAACGUCGGCUACGUCACAGACGAUUCUGACUUCUAAUCAGUUCUGUUUUAUGUCUGUAUUAUGAGUAUUAUGACUAAAGCAGCACAAGCUCAGUGACCUCUCUGUCAGACGUGUCUGACAUUUAUGCAUCUUUGACUGAACUAUGGUGAUUUUAGAAUUUGCCUCCAGCUGGGUGGAGUCUUCUACCUUUAGCAUCCAUCAGUGUCACAUGUUGAACAGUUGGAGUUCGAGAAAAUUACUUUUUUUUCACAACCUGGGUCUUGUUUAUGUAUAUUUGGCCAUCACUCCUCUUGGGUAUGUUUCAUUUUUCUCACAAGCUUCAUUUAGAGGUCCAAUGUGUAGGAUUUAAUGGGAUAUAUUGGCAGAAAUUAAAUAUAAUAAGUAUGUUUUCUGUAGUGCAUAAGUGUUUUCAUUACCUUAGAAUGAGCUGCUACUAUCUACUUAGGUAGCGGGUCCUUGUCCACGGAGAUUGCUAUGUUGCACCGCCAUGUUUCAACAGUAGCCCAGAGUGGACAAACCAAACACUGGCUCUAGAUAGGGCCAAUCACAUUUCGCCUCAAUCACCAUAAUAAGAAGCCCCUCCGCAAUUAGCAGCGUUAAGAAAAAACCCACUUAUUUGUAAUGUGAAACUGCUUUAUUCAGCAUUUUUACCAGUUUAAACCAUUUAGGCUGUUUGUUUCAACAUGUCAGUCAGCACAGAGGAAACACUGUUUGUAACAUAAAACUGCUUUAUUUAGUGUUUUUAGCAGUUUUAAUCACCAGGGCCCUAUUUCAGAGAGCAGACUCAACAAACUGCCUAAUCCCCAUCUCUGAGUUGACUGAGCCUGAGCUGGGAAACUCUUGAAUUUUGGUUCCAGAACAGCAGAUCAGCAUUUGUUCAAUCAACUCUGAGUAUGUUCAGCCUGAGGGAAGCGCGUUCACUGUGAGCACUGAAAGACAUCAUCAGUGGAGUGCAGAUAACAUCUGCAUCUUUAGUGGCAGAAAGCAGAGAGCCACUUAUUUCAUCCCAACUGAAAUGGAAACUUUAAUGAGCGCGAAUGAAGAUUUCAAACAUGUCUUCAAAAAAAAAAAAAAAUCAGAUACAACAGCUGCAGCUAAACAGCAUGAGGUGUGAUGGGGAAUUAUUGCAGAGAGUGUUAAUAGGUAAUGUGAAGUGAUGUUAUGUAGUGAUGCAUUAAUACAUGUCUAAUAUACAGAAAAUAUAGGAACAUUUUUUUUUAUCUUAGCAGUGUUCAUAUAUUUUAAUAUAAUUUGCUAUAUCCUCUUAUUCAGCUGUAAUCUGAUGGAGCCCAAACGCACCUAGCAACAACGCAAAAUCAAACACAAAUAUAUUGUACAGACUGGUAAAAUUUUUUAGUUGUACUUACGUUGUUCUUGGAAUAUUGGGCUUUGGUUAAUUGAAUUGCUGUGAAAUGACUUCCUGUUAACACUGACAAACCUGCAGUUCUGUGGAAUUUCUCUUUGAUGAUCCUUUCUGAUUUAUGUCCAGGGAAAACCACAAAAACGGGCAAAAGUCUUUUCAGAGCCAGAGUCACUUUUCUUACGGCCUGACAAACCGUUGCCUUGCUGAUGUGUUCAGUGUCUCUGAUGUUAUAAAGAAAAUUGCCGUUGCUGAAGAAUCAAAGGACAAUGCAUAAAAUGUGCUGUGAUGAUAAUGUAAAUCCAGGAUGUGUAAUAUGUGAUAUAUGUGGGUGGAACAGAUUGUUAGAUAAAUGAUAGAGUGUGAGGUCAAACAGUAUCUUUCAUACAGACACUCCUCCAGGGAGACAUCCAAACAGGCUCUAAUCACCUUCUCCUUACACAGCAGCCUCUGAAUACACUGGGCCUCAACCUCCACCACUUCAUUCAUAAAAGGACACGCCAUGUCUCUCCUUCCUGCUACACGCUCAGUGAGCGAUAAGCCUCAGGCUUAGAUGAAGCCAGCAGGUUUGCUUCACGGAGUAAGUUGCCAUAGUAACUAACUCAGGGUUACACUGAACUGGCUUUGCGAAACGGAAAAGUCAGAGUUUCCCUCACCUCAGGCUUAACAUACUCAAGAGUUUUCACUAAUCCUGCUCUCUGAAAUGGGGCCUUUUGUUUGUUUGUUUGUUUGUUUGUUUGUUUGUUUUGGAGAGCAAGAGACCUCUGUGAAUAAAUCAGCUCCCGGAAAAAAAGAACGCCUAAACAAUGAACACUGAAGAAAUUCUAACCAGGAGAAGUUUCAGCUGGUUGCAAUGUGCGAUCCUCACCACUAGAUGGCACUAAAUCUUACACACAGGACCUUUAAAUGAAAAGUUUGACAUUAGGGAAGUAAAUUUAUUUGCUUUCUUGCUGAGUUAGAUGAGAUUGAUGAUACUCACUUGUCUGUAUCAUUGUGUCUACAAAAUGUCAAGAAAUAUUGAAAAAUGCCUGUUUAAGUUUCUUGUGACGUUUUUAAAUGUUACGCUGAGUUUGAUAAACAGUCCCAAACCCAAAGAUAUUUAGUUAACAGCAAAAGUAUGACUUAGGAAAAGCUGAAACCAGAUCAUUUUUGGUGUUUUUGUUUGAAAGAUGACUGAGAAUGUUUUAAUCAUUAUAAAAACAGCUGCCAUUUACAUGUUUUUUUCCCC